AUGGAGAUGGCGUUGCUUUCCAAGAACAAGUUAGGGUUUGUUGAUGGCACAAUUGCAGUACCAAAUGUGGGAGAAGUGAAAUAUCCUUACUGGAAACAAUGCAAUAACAUGGUGUCAACUUGGAUCAUGAGGUUCAGUGAGGCAAAUAUUUUCAGAAUCUCUUAUCUGCAUGCUGAGAUUCAUCAAAUUAGACAAGGCGAUUUGACUGUAAGUGCCUAUUUUUCUAAAUUGAAAAGUUUAUGGGAUGAACUUCAAGUUAUUAGACCUUUGCCUACCUGCAAAUGUGAGAGGGUGUGCAAUUGUGGACUAUUAGAUACUUUGCAACAACACCUAGAGAGUGAUAAUCUCUUAGUUUUUUUAAGAGGCCUCAAUGAGACCUAUGCCUCUGUCCAAUCCCAGAUAAUGAUGACUAAACCUCUCCCUAAUAUUGACGAGGCUUUCAUGAUGGUUCAACAACAAGAGAGGAGGUUUAACAGUGGAACAACAGAGUUGCUGAUCCAAGAAGCAGGCAUCAUUCUUCUCACUCAAGGGAAUGGUUCAAGAUCCAAGAAGUUUUAUCCAAAUGGCAACAAGAAACCUAUCUGCUCUUAUUGUGGUUUUACUGGACAUACAACAGAGAAAUGUUACAAGAAACAUGGUUAUCCACCUGGGUGGAAACCAAGAAAUAGAGGUGUUAGUUAUGCUAACCAAGUGCAAUUUGCCUCUGAUGAACAUCCUCCUGGUGAAAAUGGAUCCCUGACUUUGAGUCAGGAUGAAUAUAGAAUGCUUAGACAACUCUCAGUGGAUCUGAAGGAAUAA